AUGGCUCAAGCCUCUAAAGUCCCUGCCCAGGAAUUCCUGGAUUACGUGAACGCUUCCCCUACUCCCUUUCAUGCCGUCCAAUCUUCGAAGGACCUUCUUGCCAAGGCUGGAUUCCAGGAAAUCAAGGAAAAAGAAUCUUGGGCCUCCACCUGCAAGCCUGGUGGUCGCUAUUAUUUGACUCGCAACACCACUACCCUGAUCGCUUUCGCGAUUGGUCAAAAAUGGAAGCCGGGUAACUCCAUCGCCAUGAUUGGUGCCCACACCGACUCUCCGGUCUUGCGGGUGAAGCCUGUCAGCAAGAAACAGGGUGAAGGUUUUAUCCAGGUCGGUGUUGAGGCUUACGGUGGUGGCAUUUGGCACACCUGGUUCGAUCGUGAUCUCGGUGUCGCCGGCCGCGUGAUGACUCGUGCUAGCGAUGGGUCUAUUGUCCAAAAGCUGGUCAAGGUUGACCGUCCCAUUCUCCGUAUUCCCACUCUGGCUAUCCACUUGGACCGCCAGGAGAACUUCUCCUUCAACAAGGAGACUCAGCUGUUCCCCAUUGCUGGUCUGAUUGCCGACCAACUCAACCAGACUAACGAGGCUCCCGAGGAUGAAUACGCUCCUUUGAAAUCCGUUACUCAGCGCCACCACUCCAACUUCGUUGAGCUUAUCGCUGCCGAGGCUAAGGUCAAGCCCGAGGAUAUCUUGGACUUUGAACUUAUCCUCUUCGACACCCAGAAGUCCUGCCUUGGUGGACUGAGCGAGGAGUUCAUCUUCUCCCCUCGUCUGGACAACUUGAACAGCUCUUACUGUGCCACUGCUGCUCUCACCGAGUCAGCCCCCACAGAGCAGUCCCUUCAGAAUGAGGAAGCCAUCCGUCUCAUCGCCUUGUUCGACCACGAAGAGAUUGGUAGCCGCACAGCCCAGGGUGCCGACUCAAACAUCCUCCCUUCCAUCAUUCGCCGCUUGUCCGUGCUUCCAUCAUCCGCCUCCUCAUCUGAGGACGUCUCUACAGCCUACGAGCAGACCCUCUCCACCUCCUUCCUGGUCUCUGCCGAUAUGGCUCACUCCGUCAACCCUAACUACUCUGCCAAGUACGAGCCUGACCACAAACCAUUCAUGAACAAGGGAUGUGUGAUCAAGAUUAACGCCAAUGCCCGUUACGCCACCAACUCCCCCGGUAUCGUCCUCCUCCAGGAGAUUGCCCGCAAGAAGGGCGAGCAGGAAAGCCGCCCCGUCCCUCUGCAGCUAUUCGUCGUCCGUAACGACUCAAGCUGCGGCAGCACCAUUGGCCCCAUGCUGUCCGCUGCUCUGGGUACCCGUACCUUGGAUCUGGGUAACCCCCAGCUGAGCAUGCACAGUAUUCGUGAGACCGGCGGUACUUAUGAUGUUGACCACGCCAUCCGUCUCUUUACUGGGUUCUUCGAGCACUACUCCGAACUCGCUCCCAAGAUCUUUGUGGACUAA